GGAAAAUAACAUAUUCAAGAGACGCCAAAAGGGUAAAAAGCAAAUUAAAGGUUCGACAUUGAGAAAAGCGAAGGAGAUGGUAUCAUUGUCGCUAUCUCAACAUAAUCUCUGGCCGCCGGAAACUGGAUCUACUGUGUUUCGUGGUUUCGCAACCGCCGCAUCCGUACACGCUUGCCACCAUGUUCGCCGUCAGCUCCGCCUUGACUUCCAUCUUCGAUCUUCCCUUCAGAAACUGCAGCAAUUUUCUGAUGCUGCACGAAUGGAGUUCUCUAGAUAUCAAAGAGUCAUUCUAUUCAAUGGGGCUAAUUUUCUCCAGUCUAGAGCUAAUAUCCGCUUGUCUCCAUCUUCUUCGUCAUUCAUAUGUUUCUUUAAUGGAGGAGAGAGUAGGAUAGACCCUAGAGGUGAGGAAGGAUCAUCAUCAAACCAGGAGACCUCCAAGAGAAACACAUUUAAUGGACGGAGAUGGACCAAUGUCCUCCUUGCCAUUAACGUAAUAAUGUAUAUUGCACAAGUUGCAUCCAGUGGGAAAGUGUUGGCAUGGGGAGCCAAGGUAAACAGCUUAAUUGAUAAAGGUCAGCUAUGGAGACUGGCUACGUCUUCUGUUCUUCAUGCGAAUCCUAUGCAUCUCAUGAUAAAUUGCUAUUCUUUGAAUUCUAUUGGACCAACUGCUGAGAGUUUAGGUGGCCCAAAGAGAUUUCUUGCCGUUUACUUGACAUCCGCAAUUGCAAUUCUAGGUUCAGCAAUGAGCUACUGGUUCAACAAAGCGCCAUCAGUUGGUGCUUCAGGGGCAAUUUUCGGAUUGGUUGGAUCGGUUGCUGUAUUUGUCAUAAGACACAAGAGGAUGGUCCGAGGUGGCAAUGAAGAUCUGAUGCAGAUAGCUCAAGUUAUUGCCCUGAACAUGACAUUGGGUCUAGUGUCCAGAGGCAUAGAUAACUGGGGACAUAUUGGUGGCUUGCUUGGUGGAACUGCAAUGGCGUGGCUUGUAGGACCACAGUGGAUGUAUGAGUACACAACAAGAGACGGUCGAAGAGUCUUCAUGGACAGCGCUCCUAUUCCGCUCCUUUUGCGGUGGAAAAAGGAACAGCGACGACUUUGAUUAGAGACCAACGAACAAAGGCGGACUCA